AUAUACUAGUAGACUGCAUUACGUAUAAAAGGUAAGGAAGGAAAAAUAUAGUAUAUCGGCUCAACGAGGGAAAAUAGUACUAGUAGUAGUAAUACAUUACUACUAGUAAUGUUUUUAUUACUAUUCAAAAUCCCGGCUUCAGUCCAGUAGGUGGCGGUAAUAGUCAUGCCUUGUUACAAACCGCCAACUAAAUCCAACAGAAGAAGAAGAGACCAGGAAACAAAAGUUUCGGCGCUAACGAUACCUUUUCCGUAAAUUCAGUAUAUUCUCAUACAAAAACAUUUGUUUUCCAACGAACGGCGCCAGUCUGGCAAUUUUGUCCAAACGUUGCCCUAAAAAUGCAUCUAUUUAUUAACGGCAGAAUACUAGCAAUUAGCUUCAGGCUGUUUCCAUGGUGAUGACACUUUGGUCGCUUGCUGUUUUGUAAACCUUAGCUCGUUUUUUGACUGUACUUGUUUCACAAAUGGCAUCGUUGUUGAAGUGAAUUCAGAUGUUAUCGAGGAUUCAGCUCCCCGAGCCCAGGAACUUGGGCAUUUCCUGCUGCAAUGGCAGGUAUUUAUGAUGCUCCCGUUUUAAAGUUUGAUUCGUUAUCUAAGCACGACAAACUAACACAAGCAGCAGCUGCAGGAGCGACUGAGCCUCACGACACCUCUCCUCUGCUGAGAUUCAACAGCAUGACACUGGAUGAACUGAGUGAGGAACUUGGUAAGCGAACUAAGGAAACCCAAAGGCUUCAAGAAGAAGUGGAAAAUGCAACCAAAUUAGCCUUGGAGAGGUUUGGAUGCACAUAUGACAUCAACAGCUCACCUGGACAAAGCUGUCACAACUACAGGUUUAAAGUCUAUGACACACCGGAGGAUUUUACUAAUCAGCCUCAGGACUGUGGUCUGGACCUUUCAAAACAGGAUGUGUUUCAAAGGCAAACCAGUACUCCUAGAAAGGAUGAGUUAGAUAAUGCAAUAGAUGACUGUUGUCAACACUUGCCUGAUUUACAAACACACGAUCAACCUGAACAAGAGACAAUCAGUUUGGACAAAGCCAUAGAGAACCUGCAGACUAAGCUGCAUCAAGUCCAAAUGGACAAGGUUGUCACGUCUGACCUCAGAUUGAGGGAUUCAAGGAAACAUGUUGAUCAGAUGGAGCAGAUGCUGCACAUGUUAGAAGAGCUCCAGAACAUCAAAAGGGCCACGGACCAGAAACUGCAGGACACAGAGGAUGAGACGUUGUUGCUUAGCAGGAAAGUAGAGACGCUGGAACAGUUAAUGAAGGAGACAUACUCUUCCAUGUUAUCUGACAAGAAACAAUAUGGAAAUGUCUCCGACACCAGUCAGAACACUGCCACUCAUUUAAGACUGCCAUACUCAGACGCUACGUUAACUGAGGACCUCAACAAUGAGAGAGAUCAGAUACAAGAGAGGAUCCUUUUGACAAUAGGACAUCUAGAGACUGAUGAUUGCAGUGUAAAUGAGCAAAAGCAAAGAAUGAAAGAAUUGAUUGCGAGUCUGUGCCAGGAGAUGGCACUGUUGUCUGACAAACUGAGCUCAUCAAACUAUGACAGUUUCAGCGUGGGUGUCAAAUUGGAGCUGCUUAGAAAACUUGCAGAAAGACAGACGUCACUGAACCAGUGCCAGGUCAGUGAACUUAAGUCAGCUCUUUCCAACUAUAAAGAUAAGGUUCAUUGUUUGGAGCAGCAACUCCUUCGGGUUCAGUCUCAGCUGGUGGAAGCCCAAAGAGAGAGAGAGCAAACUUUGCAACAGUUUGAGGAGCUUCAGUUCCAGCUUGGCCAGCUGAAGACUUGCAGUAAAAAGCAGCAGUGUGAGCUCCAGGUGGAGAUAAAGGCCCUGAGAGGAUGGCUGGUGGAGGCCAAGGAGCAGCUUUGCAGAGGUGAAGAGGAGAAAAAUUGCUUACAGGCUCUGCUGGAUGCAAGGACUCAGGAGGUGAGAAAAACCCAGGAACUCCUGCGGGAAAAAGAUGAUGAACUUCAGCUCAGGCAGCAAGAAGCUCAGCAGCAUCGUUCUCAGUGCCACACUUUCCAGGGAGAAGGAGAGAUGCUUAGGUUGAAGCUGGAUGACAGAGAAAAGCUGAUAGACGGUCUACGGUUGCGGAUGGAGAGCGGCACUCAGAUGGCGUUGCAGCACAGCCACACCAUCGACAACCUUCAUCAGCAGAAUAGUUUCCUCAGCAACCAGCUAAAUCAGAACAAGCUGGAGAUUCAACAUAUCAGGGCUGAGUUGGACCAAAGCAGGUCAGACGUGGCGACUGCAGAGCAUGAGAAGCGGCAGCUACAAGCGUCUGUGGCUGAGCAAAGGCAGCGUGUCCAGGAGGAGACUCUGGAGAAACAGCACAAACGGUUACUCAGUCUUACUAAGGAGCAUGAGGAGCUGCAACGGUUCCACAGCUGUAAGAACGAUGAGCAGGAAGGUGUGGUGCUGAGGCUUCAGGGUCAACUAAGGACCACAUGUGAUGAGCUGGACCAGGUCAGGAGUACCUUGAGGACACUGGAAGGAGCAGAUGGACACGGCCUCCAAGUUGCCAUGAACAUGCAGAAAGAGAUCACUGCCAGAAGAGAGCAGGUUGACACUCUACAGGGCAAAAUCCAACAUCUAGAGGACACCAUGGACAAGCUGUACCAGGAGAAACAGUACCAAAACCUGGAGCACCAUCGUCAGCUCCGGAAGCUCACCUUUGUCCGGGAGGAGAAGAAACAGCUUGCCAAUGAGCUGGAGGCUCUUCACUCCAAAGACCAACAAUUACGGGAACGGAUCGGCAAACUGGAGGCAAUCCUUCACAAGAUAUCAGAAAGCUUUGCAGACUGUCAAGAUUUCAUCCAGCUGCAGGAGCAGGAGUUUUAUCGUCUCAAACUCCAACAUGCCCUCGACCUGAAGGAGUUCCAAGGUCAGACUCUGCACACAGCACUUAAAGUACCUCCACCAGACCUGGAUUCCCUGAAUUCAUCAGCACUCAUUGCUUCACCCUCUUCCCAGCACACCUCCAACACUCAGAUUAAGGCGAGCCUCACCCAAGAGCUCAGGUCUGUCGUCAAGGAGCUGCGAGCUGUGAUUUCUGAGAACCACAGACCACACACCGAUAACAGCAACACUGGUACCAGCCUCCACAGGAGGAGGUCUGCACCGGAGAGAGUGCACAGGACUUCAUUUCACAGCAGCGCUGACAAGGCUGUAGAACUGAAAGGGUGCUCCAGGUUAAGAAGAAAAACCAGUGACUGCGAGACGCAUUUCCUUAGGAAAGCAGAACUGGAUGGGAAUAGGAUCAACAAGGAAACCAUCAGUAAGCGCUGCGUUGAAUCAGGUCCUGCGAAAUCCUUCCUGCAGUUCCUCUCACUGGGCCGCAGGUCACCCGUCCACUCCCUCCUGACCUCCAACCCAAACAUCUGACACUGGCACGACACAACAGACCCGGGGGCUGGCUCCUCGUUCCAGAGACUCACCGAAAUGAAGUAGGAUGUGAAAAGGAUUUUUACAGAAAUCUCCAAUGAAGUCAUGUUUAUUAAAAAAAAGGAAAAGGAUGUUUUGAGUCGUAUUAAAAUAAAUCAGCCACAACCUUAAA